GCUCCCAUUUCAAUAGCACAAAACACAAGAGAAGAAAACAAGUACUCAAGCAUGGGUUCUAUUUCAAAGAUCAAUAAGCCCCAUGCUGUGUGUCUUCCACAUCCACCCCAAGGCCAUCUCAACCCUAUGCUACUUCUCGCUAAGCUUCUCCAUCACAAAGGUUUCUACAUAACUUUCGUCAACACUGAGUACAAUCAUCGUCGUCUUCUCAAUUCCAGAGGCCCCAGUUCGUUGGAUGGCUUGCCAGAUUUUAAGUUCCGAACCAUUCCCGACGGCCUUCCCUACUCGGACGCCAACUGUACUCAAGAUGUUCCUUCACUUUGCCAGUCCGUCUCCAGGAAUUGCUUAGCUCCUUUUUGUGAACUUAUUUCUGAACUUAACUCAAUAGCAGCUUCUGAUCCUUCUAGUAAUAUGCCCCCAGUUACUUGCGUUGUUAGUGAUUCUUCUAUGUCUUUUGCUAUGUUGGCUGCCAAUGAGUUUAACAUUCCUUGUGCUUUUCUUUGGACUUCUAGUCCUUGUGGCUAUCUUGGAUACACCAAAUAUGAGGAUUUCGUUAACCAAGGCUUGAUUCCACUUAAAGAUGCGAGCCAAAUAACAAAUGGAUAUUUGGAAAAAGAAAUAGAAUGGACAAAGGCAAUGGAACACAUACGUUUAAGAGAUCUUCCUUCCUUUAUUAGAACAACAGAUCCAGAUGAUAUCAUGGUCAAUUUUUUCAUUCAAGAAGUAAACAGAGCUCUAGAUGUUGAUGCAGUUUUAUUAAACACGUUUGAUGCACUUGACCAAGAUGUUAUAGGUCCUCUUUCUUCCAAUCUCAAAUCUCUUCACACCAUUGGUCCACUUCACAUGCUUGCCAAACAAAUAGAUGAUGAAAAUCUUAAAGCAAUUGGCUCAAACCUAUGGGCUGAGGAAUCAGAAUGCAUUGAGUGGCUUAACUCUAAGCAACCCAACUCAGUUGUUUAUGUAAAUUUUGGUAGCAUCACAGUGGUUACAAAAGAGCAAAUGAUUGAAUUUGCAUGGGGUUUAGCUGAUAGUGGGAAGCCAUUCUUGUGGAUUGCAAGGCCUGAUUUAGUUGUGGGAGAUUCAACCAUUCUGCCACCUGAAUUUGUAACAGAAACCAAAGAUAGAAGCUUGAUAGCAAGUUGGUGUAAUCAAGAACAAGUGUUCAAUCAUCCUGCAAUAGGAGGAUUUCUAACACAUUGUGGAUGGAACUCAACUAUUGAGAGUAUAUCUGCUGGUAUUCCAAUGGUGUGUUGGCCUUUCUUUGCUGAUCAACAGACAAGUUGUUGUUAUUGUUGCAAUGUGUGGGGGAUUGGAAUGGAGAUUGAUAACAAUGUGAAAAGAAAUGAAGUUGAAGAGUUGGUGAGAGAGUUAAUGGAUGGAGAAAAAGGUAAGAAAAUGAAAGAGAAUGUUAUGAAUUUGAAGAGUAAAGCUGAAGAAGCAUAUAAACCAGGUGGUUUAUCUUGGAAGCAAUUGGACAAGCUCAUUAAUGAAGUUCUUUUAUCAAAAUAUAAAAAGAACCCCAUUUGAUUUCAAAAUUUUGUUUGCUCCCUUUAUCUUGUUUCGUUUUUACUCUCUUUGUAUUGAGAAGUGUGUGUUUAUAUAUUCAAUAAUAAAUUUCACUUUGAGUUUUGUACUCCAAUGGAGAAGUUUAAUUACUAUCUCAUUAUUCGCAUCUA